GGCCCUACAGUUGACUCAAAUCAAUGUUCAUAUCAUAUGUUAUGUAAUGUCUGUCCAAUACUUGUGACUCAAUUGUGUCAUAAAAUUGUUAUAACAAUAAAGUCAAUGAUUUGGGACUUAAUUAUUAAAAGUAAUUGAAUUUAUUGAAUACCAUUGAAGUCAUCAAAUCAUUGUUAUAACAGUUGUUAUUAUUGGGACAGUUGUGUAAAUCUAUAGGACUGGCAGUUAAUCAUAAGGUACGGUGCGAUGAGUGGUCAUAUAGCGACCCAAAGGCGGACACUGAAGGGUACGACAGCUACACAACGGCUAAAACAGGAUUACAUGCGUAUCCUUAAAGACGCCGUUCCCUAUGUGUCCGCACAUCCACUCCAUAACAAUAUCCUCGAGUGGCAUUACGUGGUUCGCGGUCCCGAAGGAACGCCAUAUCACGGCGGAGUAUAUCACGGAAAACUACAAUUCCCGUCGGAGUUUCCGUUCAAACCUCCGGCCAUUUACAUGUUGACACCAAACGGUCGCUUUAAGUGCGGCGUUAGACUGUGUCUAUCGAUCAGUGACUUUCAUCCCGAUUCGUGGAACCCGGCGUGGAGUGUGUCCACUAUUUUGACCGGUUUGUUGUCAUUUAUGGUCGAAAAGAACCCUACGAUGGGAUCCAUUGAGACAUCUGAUUACGAGAAGAAAUUAUUAGCGCAACAAAGUCUUGAAUUCAAUCUUAAAAAUAAGGUUUUUGUUGAACUUUUCGCCGAUUUAGUUGAGGAAAUGAAAGAAACUCUUCGUUUGAGACAAUCAAAAGAAGCGAUGAAUAGUGUGAGCGGAAGAGUCACCGAAUUGGGUAAUUCGUUGCGAUCGGGAUUCAGAGCCAAUCAAGAAAACGGUUUCUUCAGUAAUGCGAUGACCAAUGUUGUAGUGAUCGUCGGUUUUGUGGCCUUCAUGUACACCGUUCGGUGGGUUCUCUUGAGUAUCAGUGAAACCAGCGAUUGAUUAUCCAUUGAAUCCAUUUUAUGUGAUAAACUUAGAA